CAAGUGUUUCGAACCGUGCUUAGUGAAGCACGAAAUAGUUCAUGAAAUCAAUGGUUUCGUUCUACGUCACAUCGGAGGAUAUAUCCUUUCAUUAGUUUACGCGUGUGGCGCGCAGUGUGUUAUUGUGGUGUUUUUUUAGCUAGUACACAGGUCAGUUAAUAGCGCUUGGAGCACACCAGUUAGAUUCAACAAAAUUGAUGGUUUUCUAUGAUUUGAUGGAAUAAAGUUCUUAGAUUUUGAUAGAAAGAUGUCGAGGCAUUGCCGGUGAUUGGUAAGAUUUCCUCGCCGAAUGGCAAAUAAACCUUGUUUACGUUGGACACCAACGUCAUGGAUAUUAUUGUUCGUCAGUGGUUUUGUGAUGGGUCAACAAACGGAUCUAAAAUGUAACUAUAACCCGGAUGCGGAAUAUGUGGGAAAUGGAAUGUUUGAUGUCUAUACUUUUGAAGUCGAAGAAGGAAUUUUACUGGAGCCUGGAAAAAUAAUCGGAACUAUAACCUUGCCAGUCGACAAUUUUACGAACUCAUUUGGAUAUGAUGAGCCAUACUUCAGCAAACCAUACAACAAGAAAUCAUCGCCACUACCAAAGUAUUUCGAUAUAAAAUUUACAAAUAUUACGACUCUGCAAAAUUCAACAUCAACGACCACGAAGCCCAGAAUCAAACGAGAUGUAGCAACUGUGCGGCCCAUCUCAGAACACAUGUCUACCUUGGGGUCAUUGGAUUAUUACCAGAAUUUAACCUUUUACACCAAUACGACUUUGCGUUAUAAUUCUGGUGCAAUGAAACAUAUUGGCGUGACGUUGAAACCAACUACUGCUUCAAGUUUAACUACUGAAUCUGUUACAAAUAUUGAGCUCGGUUCUCCUGUUUCGACUUCAACAUCCAAUGGCGGCACGUCGUUGCCAAACUUGACAUCAGCACCUUUGAACUCGACGUCACAUAUUUCAGCGUCAACGUCACAAACCACGACGACACCAGCAACAACCUCUGAUACAACGACGUCUGGAUUUGUAACCAAUGUUACGUCGCCACCAGUAACAUCGAAUAUUACGUCAGCUAUUACGACAGCCAGUACUCCCGCAUCUCCAACUGAAUGUGUUGUUGCUCAGAUUUUACAGAUAUUUGAUCUCGAUCGAGAGAAGCAAGAUACACAUUAUCUGACUAUCAAUGAAAACAUUGGUGAAAUGGGGUUGCCAACCAUUGUGAAGUUGAAAGUGACUGAUGUAAACGACAACAGCCCCAUAUUUGUAAACGAAAGUUUAUCCUCAAGAAUAACUAAAGACAUUCAGUACGGUCAAGUUGUUGCAGAAAUCAAAGCAACUGAUGCUGAUAUAGGAAAGAAUGCGGAUCUUCGAUAUGAUAUUCAAAGCUACAGUGAACGACGUGGCAACGAAAAAGCAAGUCCAGAUUUUCCAACAUUCCUGAAUCCAUGGGACAUCUGGUUUAGUCAUUUUAUUUGGUUCACUGGACGACCUGAAACCACCUACACAAAUUACCUUCAGCGUUGUCGUCAAAGAUAGAGGAGAUGAACUUGUGGGUAACCGAGCGACAGCUUCUGCUACAGUUUCUAUCAUCGAUGACUCGUGGAAGCCUGAUCCGAUUGAACCAUCCCAAGUUUCUGGUGGCGUAAUAGCCGGUUGCGUUAUGGGAGGAGUUGUAUUCUUGGGAAUAUGUAUCUUUCUUGUUGUUCAUUGUGCAAGGAAACGAUUCAUUCGCCAAAACAACGGACAACUGGAAUUCAUGUUAGACGAUGAAAAUCUGAUUUCCGCAUAAUGGAUAGAAGAUGGCGAAUUCACUCAACAAAAGAAUAUUGAAUUUGUCAUUUGAAUUCUAAAUACGGCAGAAAUGGAUGAAGAAACAGACUGAAAGACCGAAUCAAUUUGAAUGCUUUGGAUCCAAAUCCUAGAUGUGUAAAAAUAGGUCCAACUCACACUAAAACUACCAGCGAAGCAGUAGCUAAAAAGCGUUGCAUGCUGCCUUCCUUGAAUUUCCGAGCAUGUGAUAUGCACUACGAGUUACAAUUCCAUUAAAAUUGCUCAUCUCCUAUUAUGCGAUCGUUAAACGUGUAAUUACGCCUGGACAUUUUACAGCUUUUUUCAGUAACUUUAUACUCGAGACUAGGUCCAGACCAAAAAAUCUGGCGUUUCAUUGGUUAAUCGGUCUCUUGAUAUCCGAUAUGAGGUCACCGGAAAAUUUUGUUUCCAAUUACCCUGAAAUAGUUUACACAUGCACAAACCCUUCUGAAGACUCCCGACUUGGCAACUUAUUUUUGACGCUUUCUCUGCUUCCUUUUAAAUCAACACUUUUAUUACUGUUCUCGAAUUCUCUUUAUGUAUGCAGUAGUUUUAUUUGUUGUCCUUAUUUUUUUGUCGAAUAAUUGCGGAUCAUUAUCCUAUACUUUUCUAUAUAUAUACAUAGGCUGCUGCAUCAUUUAUAAUCCUCGAUCGAUGGAAUUAUUAUUAUUACUGUGAUUUCGCUACCUUUAGAAUGAUAAAGGUUGUGGAGGCCAGGUAUUUGAACUAUACUUCUUGAGGGAGUCUGAUAUCGAUUACUGACAAGUGAAUUGAAUGAUGUUUAAAAUGGAAUGUUAUCGGCUUUAUGUUCUACUUAACAUAUAGGACCAUUGAAAAUUCUAAAUGACAUUGAAUAUGGGUCUUAUGAUUCAGGGAUCGGGCAACAGCCUUGACCCGUUGAUUUCUGAAACAAACAUGCUGGUUAUUGGUUUGCUAGCUAUGCGUUUUCUGCUUUCCUGUUUUGUCUUCAACAGUUUUAUAUUUUAGAUUAAUUAUUGAGAUUAUUUGUAAAACCUCGUUGGAGAAAGAUGGGUGAAAGGUAAUUUAUUGUUUUUAAUACUAUUCUAUGCAUUUUGUCUUCGUUUUACUCGCUUAUUGAAAUAUAUAUAUUUUAGAUUUGCACUCGAAUUUUAAAGAAGCAUAUCUUUGACUGUUAAUACAAUUUGGAAUAAGAAUG